AUGUCCUUGAGCCCAAAACACUCCACUCCCUUCUCAGUGACAGACAUUUUGAGCCCGAUGGAGGACAGCUACCGGAGGUUUGGAGGUAUGGAUCACAGCGCAGCGGGGAGCCUCGGGACCCCGCUGGGCGCCUACCGGCAGACCCAAGUCUCCCAGCCGGCAGCGGCGGCCGCGGCUCUGGGUCACGGCGGGCCUUAUCAUCAUCAUGUGUCCCACGGGGUGCCGCAGUUUUCCGGGGCCGUCGGAGGGUUUUGUAACGGAGGCAUCGGGAACGUGGGAGAGCUGCCGUCCUACCAGGAGACGGUGAGAGGUGGAGGAGCUGCAGCUGCGUGGUACAGCAACCCCGAGCCAAGAUACCCCACAAUCUCCAGAUUCAUGGGCCCCUCCGGCGGGAUGAACAUGUCCGGGAUGGUUGGCAGUCUGACCGGGAUGGACUCCACCGGGAAGUCCAUGGUGACUCUGCACGCGGCGCCCCGCAGGAAGCGCAGGGUGCUGUUCUCCCAGGCUCAGGUCUACGAGCUCGAGCGACGCUUCAAGCAACAGAAAUACCUGUCCGCCCCGGAGAGGGAGCACCUGGCCGGACUCAUCCACCUCACCCCCAACCAGGUCAAGAUCUGGUUCCAAAACCAUCGAUACAAGCUGAAGAGGCAAGUUAAAGACAAAGCGGCCCAGCAGCUGCAGCAGGACGGAAGCGGGUCCCCGGUUCUCUCUAAGAACGGUAAAACCUGCAGGACCGACUCCAGCGGGUCAAACCAGACCGAGAACAGACAGAGCAGCUCGGGGGAAGCUUUGACUGUGACCCCCCCUCUACAGCAGCAGCAGCAGCAUCAGCAGCAUCAGGUGAACCAGCUGUCGUCCACAGAGGAACUGGAGGAUUUGUCCCCCAGUCCGCCGAUGGGACUCAUUGAGUACACCAACAGCAUGAUCGGCUCCAAUUUACUGUACGGGAGAACUUGGUAG